AUGGCUCCCUGGGCAUAUCUAGCUCUAGUCACUCUUUUUACUCCCCUCCUGGCCUCACCGGUCCCAGGUGAAGACACCACCAACUUACAUCAACGAGCAGCAGAAGGCUAUGAAUCGCCUCCCUACUAUCCCACCCCUCCAGGCGGAUGGAUCGCCGAUUGGAGCGAAGCCUACUCAAAGGCGCAGCAUAUCGUCGGCAACAUGACGCUUGCCGAGAAAGUCAACCUCACAACCGGGACAGGCUUCUUCAUGGGACCAUGCGUGGGUCAGACAGGGAGCGUUCCCCGGUUUGGAAUCCCAAACAUCUGUCUGCAAGACAGCCCGCUUGGAAUUCGGAAUUCGGACCACAAUACUGCCUUCCCGCCUGGUAUCACGGUAGGAGCAACGUUCAACAAGGGCCUCAUGUACGAACGUGGAGUUGGAAUCGGUGAAGAGGCUCGCGGAAAGGGCGUGAACAUUCAAUUGGGUCCAUCUGUUGGAUCCCUUGGUCGAAAGCCUCGCGGCGGACGAAACUGGGAAGGCUUUGGUGCCGAUCCCGUCUUGCAGGCCUAUGGAGGAUCUGAGACUAUCAAGGGAAUGCAAAGCACUGGAGCCAUUGCAGCUCUCAAGCAUUUCAUUGGCAAUGAGCAGGAAAUGCAUCGCAUGAGUAGUAUUGUGACCCGGGGAUAUUCAUCUAAUAUUGACGAUCGCACACUGCACGAGCUUUAUCUCUGGCCAUUUGCUGAAGGUGUUCGUGCUGGCGUGGGCUCUGUGAUGACUGCUUACAGCGAUGUAAACAGCUCAAGCUGUAGUCAAAACAGCAAGUUGCUCAAUGACGUUCUCAAAGAUGAGCUCGGCUUCCAAGGAUUUGUAAUGACCGAUUGGCUUGGUCAUUAUUCGGGGGUUCCCUCGGCAUUGGCUGGCUUGGACAUGGCUAUGCCCGGCGAUGGAGCUGUGCCAUUGUUUGGAGACAGCUACUGGGGACCCGAGCUCUCGCGGUCUGUGCUAAACGGGAGUGUUCCCGUAAGCCGUCUGAACGACAUGGUCACCCGUAUUGUUGCCACAUGGUACAAGUCCGGUCAAGACAAAGACUAUCCACUGCCAAACUUCUCCACCAACACCCAAAACAAGGAGGGUCCGCUUUACCCCGGAGCUCUCUUCUCCCCCAGUGGUGUUGUAAACCAAUUCGUUGAUGUCCAAGGGAAUCACAAAGCUACCGUUCGCAAGGUGGCUCGUGAGGCAAUAACCUUGCUGAAGAACGACAUGAACAUCCUCCCCUUGCGCCGCAACGACUCCCUCAAAGUCUUCGGAACUGACGCUGGUGGCAACCCCGAUGGGCUUAAUUCUUGCACCGAUCAAGGAUGUGAUAAGGGUGUGCUGACCAUGGGUUGGGGUAGUGGCACCGCGAGGCUGCCUUACCUUAACACGCCCCAGGAGGCGAUCGCAAACAUCACCAACAACGUCGAGUUCCAUAUCACUGAUUCGUUCCCCUCCAGUGUGACUGCCAGCUCCAAUGACAUUGCUCUUGUCUUUAUCAACGCUGACUCAGGCGAGAACUACAUCACGGUCGAAGGCAAUCCCGGAGACAGAACACAGGCCGGACUCAACGCUUGGCACAACGGCGACGACCUUGUCAAAGCAGCGGCAGAGAAAUUUUCUAACGUUGUGGUAAUUGUGCAUACCGUCGGUCCAAUCCUCAUGGAGGAAUGGAUCGAACUGAAAUCAGUCAAAGCCGUACUGGUCGCUCAUCUCCCAGGCCAAGAGGCCGGCAACUCCCUGACCGAUGUUCUCUUCGGUGACUACAGUCCAAGUGGUCACAUGCCUUACACGAUCCCCCGCAGCGAAGACGACUACCCCGAUAGCGUGAGCUUGAUCAGCCAACCCUUUGGUCAGAUCCAGGAUACCUUUACCGAGGGUCUGUACAUCGACUAUCGGCACUUCCUCAAGGCCAACAUCACGCCCCGAUACCCAUUCGGCCACGGAUUAUCGUACACCACAUUCAACUUCUCCCAGCCCUCACUGUCGACCGUGGCGCCACUCGACACAGCUUACCCACGCUCAAGAGCAGCGAAGCCAUCGACCCCAACCUACGACACCGCCAUCCCCGCCGCCUCAGAAGUUGCCUGGUCUUCAUUCACCUUCACUCGCAUCUGGCGCUACCUUUACCCCUACCUCGACAAUCCGCAAUCUAUCACCUCGACAGAGAAGUAUCCUUACCCAGAUGGCUAUACCACCGACCCACACGAAGCUCCACCUGCAGGAGGGGGCGAGGGCGGAAACCCAGCUCUCUUCGAGACUGUUUUCUCUGUACAACUGCAGGUCCAGAAUACCGGCAAGCGAACUGGCAAGGCUGUACCUCAGCUCUACGUUGAGCUGCCUGCUCGUCUUGGUGAUGUGCCGGAGCUGCAGCUUCGCCAGUUCGAGAAGACGAAGGAACUUGCGCCGGGUGAGAGUCAGACUGUUACACUUGAUAUCACUCGGAAGGAUGUGAGUAUUUGGGAUGUUGUCGUGCAGGACUGGAAGGCUCCUGUCAAUGGACAGGGAAUCAAGAUAUGGAUUGGUAACAGCGUUGCUGAUCUCCCUGUUCUGUGUGUCGUUGGUGGGCAAUGCUCUGCGUAA